AAAGCAAGAUGUAAAUUAGUAAGAAUUUUAGGUUGUUUAAUGUUUUGAAAAGUAUUGAAAUAUUUAAACACAAUUUUAGUGUGAGUGACUACGAAAGAAAAUAAUUAUAAUUAUACUACGCGUACAUUUGUAACUUAGGGAUAAUAAUACGUAAUGAUAUGAUUUUACCAAAGGAUAUCGGUCUUAUUUAUUAUAAAGUUCGGUCACGCAAUGAUAAUGACGCUAUGGGAAUAGCUAGAAGUAAGAAAUUUUGACAAGGACAGGAUAAGAUAUAUUCAAGUUUGGAAAUAAAAACAAGAUAUCACGCGAAAAACAAAUUUUAAAAUACUUUGUAAUGGAAAUUCCCAGAGAUGGAGACGAAGCAGACGAUACUGAGAAGCGUUAAGCUGAUAGAAACGUAUUUGAAAACCGUUUAUACGGGAAUACUGUUUGUAAAUAUUUAGAAAAUUCUGAAAAAGUAGAUCUGAAAGUGUUCCAAUUUUUGUAUCACAAUUCUGUUUUGCAGUGAUAAAGAAAGAUAAUGUGAAGUAAUAAAGUUCUUUCAACUGGCGAACUAACGACUUUGCAUCUUCUUUGAGCUAUGUUGUUUUUCAAAUGACUUAAAUGUAAAAUCUGAAAGUAUGCAAAAACUCCUAGUAAAUAAGAAAGAUUUCCUUGUGAUUUGGAGUGUAAUUGUCUGUGUAAGUAUAGUUCUUGGUGACGGCAGGAUACCGCUUAGAAUAUCUUUUCUUUGCUCCACAAGUGGACGAGCACAGUUAUUUGCAGGGGCUUUUUUCACGGCGCUGGAUUAUGUUAACAAGAACUCGUCAAUGUUGGAGGGAUAUAAGCUUGAAUAUUUGUUUAAUGACACAAGUGGGAAUUCCGUUAAUGCAAUUAAUGCAAUGACGGAACAUCUUGGAAUGGGGACUAUAGGAGUUAUUGGCCCUGAUGUGUCAUGUCAUUGCGAGUCCACUGUUGCGGCUGCGUGGAAUCUGCCUUUAAUAGCAUACAAAUGUCACGACUCUAAGUUUGGUAAACUUGAGGUUGAGAGCAAGUACAGACGGACAUUUGCGCGGACACAACCAUCCACUUCAAAAGUUUCCAAAUCCAUUAUGUCUAUUCUUCAGUUCUACGAAUGGAAACGGUUUACACUCGUUGUUGGAGCGUCAUCUAUUUGGAACGAAACUGCUGAAAGCUUGAAAGAUUUGUCAACAAAGAACAACAUUUAUGUGAACAAAGUUGCGUACUUCAAGGAACCAUAUGCCUUUAAUACUGAAAUAUACAAUAUCGUGGAGUCGACACACAAAGAUACUAGAAUCUACGUGUUCCUCGGAGAUAUCCACGCCCUUAUUGAUUUUAAUAGACUUUUGAAGGCUUUGCUACAAGACACCGUUUCAGAGUACGUUGUGAUAGCAGUGGACGAACGAUUCUACACGGAAGAUCCCGAACAGUAUCUUAUCAAAAAACCGUUUGAGGAUGAAAGUGACCUAACAUCGAGAAACAUAAAAGCGUUUGAAACAGUGUUGUUGUUAGUACCACGCCCUCCAGAAAACAACAAAACUGAAGAAUUUUUCAACAAUGUCAGACAAAGAAACACUGAAGAACCAAUUUCAUCAAAUCUUAGACCAAUAUACAAUGGAAAACCUGUUCUGGUGCCAGUUUAUGCUGCCUAUUUGUAUGACGCGGUGUACACGUACGCUAGAGCUCUGGAAAAAGUUAUUAAACAAGGAGGCAAACCAAAUAACGGAACUGCAAUAAUUGACCAAAUCCGUAACAGAACCUUUGAAAGUAUUCUUGGAUACGAGGUUUACGUAGAUAUGAACGGCGACGCAGAGGGAAAUUAUACUCUGCUCACGUUCGACGUCCAUCGGGAAGACGGCGAUGUCAGACUUGUUCCGGCUGGAAACUUCCGUAUGACUCAAAAUGGUAUAGGGAUUCCGGCCUUGAACCUGUUCAGGAAUAUAAAAUGGAAAAAUGGGAAACCCCCACCUGACGAACCUGCGUGUGGAUUUUAUGGAGAGAAGUGUAUUCAAGAGUUUGAAUGGCGUAUUUUGGCGGUGUGUAUCGUCGUAGCUGUGAUAUGUCUCAUUGCCGGUGGAUUUUUCUUAAGACAUUAUUUGUACGAGCAAAAACUGGCUAGAUUAUUAUGGAAGGUGGAUUUUAAAGACAUAGUCCUUGUGGAUUCCGUUGAUGAUAUCAUACCGCCGACAAGGAAAAAGAGAAAGCGAUCCAAAAAUCAACCUUUCAAAUUUAUCUUUUCCUACGAAAACGAAUCGGAGCGCACGAUUUUAUUGGACGAAACGAAGCGCGAACGUUCCACCGGCAGUGAGACAAAUAAACGCAAUCUGAUUGGUUCGUACAAAGGAACAAUUGUGUCUGUGAAACAUAUUGUUAGAAAGAGCGUGGAGAUUGACAGAGACAUGAGAAAACACCUUCAGCUCAGGAAAGAAUUAAAUCACGACAACAUUGCAAGAUUUCUAGGGGCUUGUGUUGAAGUUCCACACAUCUACAUUUUAACACAGUAUUGUCAAAGGGGAAGUCUUCAUGAUAUAUUACAGAAUGAAGAUUUCAGUCUAGAUGAUAUGUUCAUUUCUUCUCUGGUCUCCGAUCUCUUAAAGGCAAUGAUAUUUAUUCACGACAGCGAAAUUGGUAGUCAUGGCAACCUCAAGUCAAGUAACUGCGUUAUAGACGCAAGAUGGGUGCUUAUGGUCUCUGAUUUUGGUCUGCAUAAACUUGACAACGAACGUUCUGAAAGCGUCACAGACCGUGAUAGAUACUAUGACAGACUGUUGUGGAAGGCUCCUGAGCUGUUACGGUGCAAUAUGAGAGAAGCUUGUGGUACACAGAAAGGAGAUGUGUAUGCCUUUGCAAUAAUAUUGUACGAGAUGAUGGGACGAAAAGGGCCUUGGGGAGAAACCGAGUACUCAAGCAGAGAAAUUAUCAACAUUAUUAAACAGGGAAGCAAGGAACUAAGACCAGACUUAUCACAGGUAAAAUGUGAGCCGUUUGUGACGGAAUGUAUCAUGGAUUGUUGGGAAGAGGAACCUGACCAUAGACCAGACUUCAAGACAGUACGCUUCCGGCUUAAACAUAUGCUGCAGGGAAUAAAGUCAAACAUAUUUGAUAACAUGCUGGAUAUGAUGGAGAAGUACGCGAACAAUCUUGAGAUUCUGGUAGCAGAAAGAACAGAGUUGCUCUCCGAGGAGAAGAAAAUGACAGAAAAUCUCCUGUUAAGAAUGUUACCUGUGUAUGUUGCGGACAGACUGAAGCGAGGUGAACCAGUUGUACCGGAACUGUAUGAUUGCGUAUCCAUAUAUUUUUCUGACAUUGUUGGCUUCACUGCUUUAUCUGCUGAAAGCACCCCUAUGGAGGUUGUAUGCAUGCUGAACGACUUGUACACGUGUUUUGACGCCAUUGUGGAGAACUAUGACGUGUACAAAAUUGAGACUAUAGGUGACGCAUACUUUGUCGUCAGCGGGUUACCACUACGUAAUGGAAACCUUCAUGCUGGAGAGAUCGCCUCAAUGUCACUACACAUGCUCAGAGAAAUUAUGAGCUUCAAAAUCAGUCAUCGACCAAAUGAUACUCUAAAACUCCGCAUAGGAAUCCAUUCAGGUCCAUGUGUUGCAGGGGUAGUGGGACUAAAGAUGCCACGAUAUACAAUAUUCGGUGAUACUGUAAACACAGCGUCAAGAAUGGAAUCAACCGGUGUCCAUUAA